UUCUCUCCGGCAUUUUUCAUCCCGCCAAACUAACCAAAAUCUUCGCUUCUCGCAGAAAGAUCAGAAUUUGAAAAUCUCAUAGAAAUCCAACCAGAACACCCCAAAUCGGGCAACUAUGAGCACCCCAGCAGUUGCUGCAACCACCACAAAGGGAGGCAGAGGCAGACGCAAGGACUCCAAGUCCGUGAGCAGAUCUCAGAAGGCAGGUCUUCAGUUCCCCGUCGGCCGAGUCGCUCGCUUCCUCAAGGCCGGUCGCUAUGCUCAGCGUGUGGGUUCCGGCUCCCCUGUCUACCUCUCUGCCGUUCUUGAAUACCUUGCCGCUGAGGUGUUGGAGUUGGCUGGGAAUGCUGCUAGGGACAACAAGAAGAACAGGAUUGCUCCAAGGCACAUUCAGCUUGCGGUGAGGAACGACGAGGAGUUCAGCAAGCUUUUGGGAUCGGUGACUAUUACAAAUGGAGGAGUAUUACCAAAUAUUCAUCAAUCUUUGCUUCCAAAGAAGGCUGCCAAAGGGAAGGCCGAGAUCGGCUCUGUGUCCCAGGAGUACUAAAGCGUAGCGCGGUUCGAUUUUCUCUUAAGGAAAUAAACAGGCUGACCUUUUAGAUGUGUAGUUUUUGAAAUUUUGAUGGGUAUUAUAGUUUAGUAGCAGUUUGUAAUGAAACUAGUAUUUUUCUUUUGUAAAGCCUACUCUACCAAAUUUCCAUUCUGAUUCUACUUGUUCAGAUUUGAAAUGAAAAAUAGAAAAGAAAAAAAAAAAAAAAUCUCUGAAGCCGUUUAUGUUC